AUGGCUCGAACGCCUCGUACCGAACCUAUUGAAAAUUUUUUCGACAUUUUCGAUGAAAUCGGCAGGUAAGCUGAAGCUUAUAUAAAAGUUCACGUUGAUCAAGUUUAGUGUCACCAUAUGAAAUACCUGUUCUCUCUUUGGCGAAUACCCAACGAAGUAAAUCUUUUUUAAUUCAGAGGGCAAUAUGCUGUUGUCAAACGUUGUAAGGAAAAGUCAUCUGGAAAGGAGUAUGCAGCGAAAUUUGUGAGGAAAAGAAGGAAAGGCAAAGAUUGUAGAGCAGAAGUUUGGCAUGAGGUUGAAGUGCUCAACGCCACAAAUACGCCUUAUCAACAUCCUCAGAUAAUCACACUGUACGAUGUCUUCGAAACCAGGAGCGAAAUUAUCCUCAUCUUAGAACUGUGAGUAAACGGUCGAUAAUUUUUUUAGCGUUUAAUUUAUUCAAAUGAGAAUGUAUUGUAUUGUGACUUUUAAAUCAACAGCGCUCUUGGCGGAGAUCUGCAUAGACAUUGUAUAGCUUAUGACACAGAGGAACCUUCGUCCAGUAGAAGCGAAAGGGAAGUUGUUUAUCUUCUGAGACAGAUUUUAGAAGGGGUGAAACAUUUGCAUGACCAGGACUUCGUACAUCUAGAUAUAAAGGUGAGAAUUGUCUGUGUGUUUUGAGACGAUAUUGUGUUUGAAUAUUACAUGUUACCGAAUGUUUGUUUGGCUUAGCAUCUCUCGUGAUGGGAUGUCGUUACGCUUCAAGCGUUUGCUAAACAUCCUUACAACAUUUCCUUUGUUACAGUACAAAUAAUAUCAUUGAACCGAAGGAAGAUUUUUAUUUAUUAACGUCUUUGUUUUCUUUUACCGCUUCUAAAUUUUUCUCGUGAGCUUUAUUCUAAACAAACGUACAUUUAUGUUUAAAGUCUUUCAAUACUGACGGCUUUUCAUGCUUUUUCAUAUUGCUCAUUCUAAUCAUUCACGAUAUUUUAGUAUUACAUGCUUUGAUAUACCACUUAUUAUUUCAUUUCGUACACAUUUCAUGAAAUUUUUCUUAAUGAAAACGAUCGUAUUCAUAUAACUUAGACUUCUAUAAACAUUUAAUGAAAACCCUCUUAAUAAUAAGGCAUCUAAUCAAAGAGGGCUUAAUUUUUGGCUGCCGCGAAAUGCAAAGGCUUGAGUGGAGCAUUUAUUCUGUCGCAUAUAUUUUAAAUGCUUUCGGUAUCGCCGCCUUGUUAAAAAGAUAAAAUCAUGUACAUUUGCGCCAUGUCGGCCGGGUAUGCGAUUUUGAUAUUUUUCCUAUAAGCCAGAAUUACCUGUCAGUUACGCCACAAUACGACUAAGGAAAUUAUAAUCGUGUAUUUCCGACUUCUAAAAGUAGAACAAAUACUGUUGGACCUUUUUUAAACGAGAAACAAACGCCGGAAUGACCUUAGUUUGGAAUUUUAACAACCAUUACACAGAAGCUUAAUGAUUUAUGCCUUAGCGGAGUCUGAAUUGGUUUUACUGUGGCCUUAAUCAAGUGUGACAUGCCAUAGCGGGAGUUGAUUGCUUUUCAAGCGCCUCAGUCCUAUUUCUGUAAAUAAUACCAUUUAGGGAGUUUUGAAGUGAUAUGUGCAGAUUAUUACAAAAAUGUUGAGUACAAGAAAAAAUUCAAUUUUUCCAUGAAUAUACAUGUAUGAUUUACUGUAUAUUGAAAUCACUUUAAAGUUACUUAAAAUAGAAAGAUCAUCCAUAUUUUAAAAAAGUGUCAGUAAAUCCGUGUUAAUUUCAUACCCUUCCCAAAUUGUUUUUGCAAACAUAAUUGCCAGAAUUUUUUCCGUCAUAACACAAUCCAGCCCUGUCAGUAAAGUUACCCAUAUAUGGCAUUCCUGAAAUAGACUUAUCAAAGACCUAUUACAUUUCUUUGGGGUACUCAAGCCUUGGAGUUUAUUUUAAUUAUGAAUGUUCUGUUUAUAACAACCACAAGAGUCUAAUAUCUUUCAUUAGCCUCUUCUCUUUGAAAUUCCAUGGAUACCUAGCUAGCAGCUAGCAGUGCCUUCUUUAUGCUCAGUGGCAACAUAGGCAUUUCUGUGGAUUUACCUUGUUAAUUUUGUUUGUUCAUUUCCUAACUGCUCCAGUUGAUAAUGUUUUUACACAGCUCUGCCCCCCCCCCCCCCCCCCCCAACCACCCCAACAAAAAAAAAAAUUUUUUUUUUAAAACCACCCCUUUUUUUUUUUUUUUGGGGGGGUGUUUUUGAAAAAAAUAUUUUUUUUUUUUUAUUAUUUUUUUGUAGAGGGGGGACCACAGAUCACAGCACCUGCCCACAAACCACGUCCAGUGCCGGCGGCCUCUCGCAAAAACAAAAAACACAAACCCCCCCCCCCCCCCCCUUAACACACACACAGAGUAAAUAAAUAUUUCUGGUUCAAGUCAGCCCUUUUUAAUUUUUGCAGGCGGUUCAAGCUUUAAGAAGAUUUUUUGGUCUUUACAUUAAUUUUGUGUCAAACCAAAUUGGUGACAGUAGCACUGUAAAAAAACCCAGGCUUUACACUUUUUUUCGAAAGUAGCCAAUGAUAAGAACUCUCUGGAAAGGAAAACACAUGAAACUACUUGAAUAAUCUAUCACUAACCUUACUCUAUUUUAAUCAAAAUUUUUUUAUUCCAUUAAAUUGGCAUAUAUAUAUAUCUGUGGCUGAAUUUACUAUAAAUGAAAAAAUUAACUUUUUGUCAGGCAUGAUAUUUUUCUAAUAACUAUUUUUAGUACUCUAAACGUCUAGAUAGUAUUAAGCCAGUGUAAUUUUUUUAAUUAAAAAUAACAUGUGCCUUCAGACACUUUAAGCCUUACUUUUGCUAUUAGUUCUAAGUAAAAUUUUUCAAUGUGAUCAGUCAAGUGAAAUCUUAGAUAUUUCGGACAGUAUGAAAUUUAAGAUUUGCAUUUGUUGAAUUUAGCUUUUAAAUAACUCAUUUUUGUCAUUUCAUUUUUUUUUCUCCCAAGCCAAACAAUAUUCUGCUAAUGACUGAGCAUGCCUAUCCUGAAAUCAAGAUCAUAGAUUUUGGUCUGGCUCGAAAGAUCAAAGAUGGUGAACAAAUAUGUUUAAUUGUUGGAACACCAGAGUAUGUUGGUAAGGUCCAUUUAUGUAAACUCAUGGAUGUUAUUAUGUAGUGUACCCAACUAGUUAAUGUAGGGGUUGUGUGUCACAAAUGUGUAGUUCCAGAAAAAGUGCGUACGUCCCCCCACAGUAGCCUGCAAAUACAGCUGUCUCUCCUCAGUCCUUGCCACUAGGGGCAUUUCACAGGAAAGAGGUCUGUGCCUUAGCAGUGGAAAUUCCAUACUGAUGACGUAAAUCAAUGUUAACAUGACUUUGGUGAGGUUGUCAUGGUGCUGCACAUGUAAAUUUGUUCGAUUAUGUUUCUCCUGGAUGAUAAUGGUAAAGUUUUGUUUUCUUCUGCAACAAACUCCAGCAAAACUCAAAUGCUUCUCAAAGAAGAAUAUAUUCCACGAAUAUUAUUGACUGUUUUGAAGCAGAUUCAUCGUAUUUACAUCUGACCUUUUCUGGACUUUUAUCUUUUGUCUGUCAUUCGUAAACAAUAGCUAAAACAAUUUAACUCCCACAUCGACCAAUUAGUACCCCUAGCCAGAUUCUGGACAGAUACAUUUUACCUCAUCAGUCAUCUGUAUGGAAUUUCUGUCAGUGAGGCAGGUUCUAUGAAAUGUCCUAGUGGCGAGGCCUGAAGAAAGACAACUAUUACCCCCAAGGAAUUUGCAUUCCAGGGGCUGCCUGUCAGACCCUUCAUCCCGUGGAAUUUUCUUGAUUUUGCCACUUUAUUGAGUACCUCCUGAAAGGAAUAUUUCCAUCUAGAAAUUUGUUGCACUGUACGUCUAUCUGAAAAGUAUCCAUGUUUCUACAAUAAACUGAAAAAAAGUAUUGCUGUUCAUGUUAAUACAGUGUCUAAUAGCAAAUAUGUCAUCCUUUGAACUCCUUAAUUUUGCCUACUUACCGGUAUAUGGAUUUGGGAAAACAAUACUCAUAUAUAAUUUGUUGAAGUCUUUCUUAGCUAAUAACGGUAAGUCACUGAUAAUCAUGGGGGCAAUACCUUACACUUUAUGAACGAUCGGCCAUGUAGAGCCAAUGAACUAUGGUGUAUAGCUUUGAAAAAAGGAUUUAGCCAACCACGAAUAAAAGAUCAUCAAUGACAACAAUAAUCCUUGUUUUGAAAUUGUUUAACAGUAAAAUGACUGAAAGCAGGUUCAACAGAGCAGCUGUUAGUUUUGAUUAACUCAGCAAAAUCUUAUUAAGAACCCUGGAAAAAAGACUUUUAGAAACCAUCCCCCACCCCCACCCCCUCNUCUAAUAGCAAAUAUGUCAUCCUUUGAACUCCUUAAUUUUGCCUACUUACCGGUAUAUGGAUUUGGGAAAACAAUACUCAUAUAUAAUUUGUUGAAGUCUUUCUUAGCUAAUAACGGUAAGUCACUGAUAACCAUGGGGGCAAUACCUUACACUUUAUGAACGAUCGGCCAUGCACAGCCAAUGAACUAUGGUGUAUAGCUUUGAAAAAAGGAUUUAGCCAACCACGAAUAAAAGAUCAUCAAUGACAACAAUAAUCCUUGUUUUGAAAUUGUUUAACAGUAAAAUGACUGAUAGCAGGUUCAACAGAGCAGCUGUUAGUUUUGAUUAACUCAGCAAAAUCUUAUUAAGAACCCUGGAAAAAAGACUUUUAGAAACCAUCCCCCACCCCCACCCCCUCAAAAACUACCUCAUUUUGGACCCCAUCUGGCCCCAGAAUCAUCAGUGCAGUGGGUAUUAGAGUAUUUUGUCUCAUUAAAAUUGUACUCUUUACAAAGAGUGCUGAAUCAAGUUGCCUUUCUUUAACUCUAGCUCCUGAAAUUCUUGAAUUUGAGCCUGUGGGAAAGCCAAGUGAUAUUUGGUAAGCUGAAAGACUAUGCAUUAAGUUGCAGUUAUAGGAUAGCUAACUCUGUUUAUAGCCUCAAAUCCUACAGUGAUGGCGAGAAUUUGCCAGUCAGCAAAAUUUUGAUGGGUGCUUCCUUAAAUGCCAGGCCAAAAUUUACUCUUUUAGUUAUUAUUAUCAAACCAGUGGAUUACAAACAAAGGAUUAAAAUUGAACAUGACAGUCAGGGUAUAGUAUAUUUUAUUAUGGCCAAGAGAACAUGGUUAUAAACUAUUCUAACUUUUAGGACUAAGUGGCUAUUUUAGUUGAGGUUUUACUGUAUCAAGAAAAUUUCAGCUGUCCACCACAUACAUUUUCAUAGUACAGUGUAUAUUUCCCACAUAGUAAAUCCUCAACAUGACAGUGGUACGUCAAGUAAAUUUCAGUCAACUCUGAUAAAUGUUGCUGUAGUACAUCAGGUACAGUUAGAAUAAGUAGUGCCUUAAAUUAACUAGUCUUGAUUUCCUUUCAGGAGUAUUGGAGUUGUUGCUUAUGUGAUGUAAGUGCUUUCUAUCCUAUCCAUCAAUUACCUUUCAAAAAUUUAUUUUUAACCCAUUUAUAUUCAUUAGGGUUUUGGAAGAGUGGGAAACUGAAUGAACACAAGACAACAAACACAAAUUAUUCUAUGGUAUCAUGGCCAGUAGGGUUGAGUAGGGUUGAUAAGCAUUCCUUGAGUGCGUUACUUGAUAAAUGAAAAAAAGUAUGGAAAGCUAAGAGCUUAGAUGCCCGGUCUCUCCCUUGUCUUAAAAAGUGGUGAAGACUCCAAGACACUGGAAAACAAAGGUUACUGUGGAUUGUCUCAAACAGUUUUGUGCUGCCGUCUAAUAGUCCCACUUCCCAUAACUGCCCUGUAUUUGUGAUUUGAAAAUAUCUAUUACCUGUGUAGUUACAUACUUUGUGCCUUGAUUUAACCAUUUGAAAGUGGUUGAGAUGAUGGUUUCAGUAAGAAAUAUUAGGAUAAAUUUAACUAAGGUACGUACAGUUUAAUCCCUGUGAUAUCAUUAUAUUUAGGCUAACUGGACUGUCACCAUUUGCCGGAGAGGACAAGCAAGAAACUUGCUAUAACGUCUCCUUAGCUGCAUUAGAUUUUCCAGAGGAAUACUUUAAGAAUAUAUCCCACACUGCUCAGGAUUUUAUUAAAAGGCUUCUACAACGAGAUGCUGAGUAUGUCAGUUAUUAAUAGUACUUAACAAUAACAGUUUAUGUUUUUAUUGGCUUUUUCAAUCCCUUUUUUUUGUUAAUAGAGCCUUAACUUAUUAUGUUCAGUAGUGUAAAUUACAAACAUGAUGUACUUAUAUUGCAGUGACAGACUCUCAGUUCACGAAUGUUUAAGUCACCCUUGGCUUAACACAGAAGAAUUAUUCCAACGAAGCCCUGUAAGAAAAAGUCGGCGUUCUUAUGGUUCAGAACAAAAACAAAAGAGAAAAAAGCUUAAGAAGCUUCAGCAUCAAAAUGGGCUAGUUGAUGGUGAGUGUGUA